UUAGUGAGCAAUCAUCAAAUGGCUAUUUACUUAUUGCAACUAGUGGAGGUCUCAACCAACAAAGAACUGGAAUAACUGAUGCAGUUAUGGUUUCACGGAUUCUGAAUGGCACAUUAGUUGUGCCCGAGUUGGAUCAACAUUCAUUCUGGAAGAACGAUAGUGAUUUUCUCGACAUAUUUGAUGUGAACUUGUUUAUCCAGUACCUGGCGAAGGAUGUCAUGCUUGUCAAAAGAGUCCCGGAGAAGGUCAUGACAUCAAUGGAGAAACCCUCGUAUACAAUGCGUGUUCCAAGGAAGUCAGAACCGGAUUACUAUUUGGGCCAAAUACUGCCAGUACUCCAGCGAAGACGUGUAUGUAGGCGAGCUCGUUUCUGCUAUUAGUUCUUUUCCAAU